GACUUUAGCUUGUGCCAGCCAUUGCUCCAGACCGGAGGACAGACCUCAUGGCACCUGGACGGAGCCCAGAGUCAGGUUCAAGCUGCAGCAGAUCUGGAUCCGAAGAGGAUCAGCCCCUUGUCACGGUUGUUCGUGCAGAGCUCGUUCGCGGACAUCGGCCAGUGGUGGUUUCCGAGGUGCCAGUGUACAUUGGGCUCAAAGAUCAAGAUGGAAGGCAGUUCGAAGACAAAGGAAACUGUCCAAAUGUCAAGUACCGAUGGCUACGGGGACCAGUGGUAAAGCCUUGCUACUAUCACCCGCACAAGAUGUCCCAGAUCAAAGAUGUGGGGCGGACUCACUUGUGCUUUUGCUCGAAGGAAUGCUUUCUGAAAGGUUACCACGAAAUCCCGAAGAACUUGUGGGCAACCAAGGAUGAUGUGGAAAAGCAGGAAUUGAUUGCAGAGUGGACCGAAGUGGCCAACACGCGAUCCUAUUGCCCGAGCAAGGAGGACAUAGAUCGCCCCCUUCGCCUUGAGAUCACACCCUUGGUAAAGGGCGGUUCAAAGUCCAGCAAAGGUGGCAUGACCAUUACCACCGGGACAGUCAUCCCGACACCGCAAGAGGCACGCUGCCGUCGGACACUGAUGAACAAGAAUGCGGCGACCUACGAUGGUACAUCAUUGUUGAAUGGCGCCGAAUGGCUUACCAAGCAGUUCAAAGUGAUGAACUGGAAUGUUCUGGCGGACCUCUACGCAAAUGAAUCAGUGUAUCCUUACUGUGAAAAGUGGGCUCUCAAUUGGACAUGGAGGAAACAUUUGAUCAUGAAGGAGCUGAAGUCAAUGGCUGUUGAUAUCAUCACCCUUCAAGAGGUUCAGAAAGAUGCAUUCGACGAAUGGUUCAGGCCCCAGCUGCAUGAGGCAGGCUAUGAAGGUGUCUUUCAGCAGAAGAAGCGGGAUCCAAUCUUCCACCGUGGUAAGUACACAGCAGAAGGCUGUGCUACUUUCUACAAGACUACCCGAUUCCGUCGCGUUGAGAAGCAGGUGAUCGACUACGACAAAGAGACUUCUACCGAGAUUCGAGGUGCCGGCUUGGAGUUCGAGAACGAUCGAUGUCUUCAGCGGCUGUCCAAAGGCAACAUUGCUCUUGUUGUCGUCUUGGAAGACUUGCAAAUCAAGGCUUCUCCAAAUAGUGGUCAGGCUGGCGAAAACGGCGGUCACUGCCUGGUCGUGGUCAAUACCCACAUUCUUUGCGACCCAAGCUCUUCUGAUGUGAAGCUGUGGCAGUCCUACUUGCUGGUGAAUUCCCUUCGGAAGAUGAACUGGCAUACAUUGCCACUUCUGCUUGCUGGCGACUUUAACUCUACUCCUGACUCAGCUGUUUAUGACUUUCUGAAGAACGCAUACGUCCCAGAUGGUCACGAGGAUCUUCGCCACGAUCCAUCAGGACUGCUGAGCAGGUUUAGGCUCCAGAUGCGGCAUGAUCUUGCUUUGACCACGGCAUACGCAAAGUGCACUGGAGCGGAGGCGAAAUUUACCAAUUACACGGAGGACUUCAAGGGCACGCUGGACUACAUUUGGUUUUCACCAGAGGCACUGCAUGUGGUGGCAGUUACGCAAGUGGAUGAAGAGGGCGAAUUGAAGAAGGAGCAUGCCCUGCCUUCCAGCAAUCGCCCCUCUGAUCAUGUGUCACUUGUGGCUACAUUUGUCUUCAAGGAAGAGGACGAGCAAAAGGCUCAAGCUCGACACGCCUUGAGUGCCCACCAGUACCAUCACAUGACUGGUUUUACUGCUCAAGGAGGAGGUUGGGGAUACGAGUCCUAGCUCCACAGCCAGAAUCGAUGAAGUGCAAACUAGUGGCUAAUGAAAGUUCAGUGCCCUUGAGGACUGGCCCGCUGCAUCUGACCCACUGAUGAUUGUUUUGGAUGCCGGACUGCCCCGGUGAUACGAAUCGGGAGGCAGAACUGGACAGUCCUGCCACCAGACUGGGUGGAAGGCUUGAUGAAGCACCAGAAAGAUAUUAUGGAUGAUCAUAUGAGCAGCCCCAGUGGCAGGGCCUCUAAAAACCUGGAUGUCUGACGAAUCUGUUAGCAUCUCUGUUCCCAGUAGCUAGGACAGUAGCUAGGAACUUAUUCUUUGGUGAGCAAUAUGCUCAUAGCUCCAGUAGUUUGUUCUCCGGUGGCUGGUCAUUUG